AUGGACGGCUGUCUCUGCAACACAAUCCAUACCCUGGCAAAGGACUACAACGAGGCCCAAGCCAUAGAACUGAUCCCGGCGCUAAAUCGCCAUCUGGAAGAUCUGCGACAAUUCUUAGCCAAGACGAGUUCGCUCAGUCGUCAGGUGCAGUAUCAGAUCACACCACGAAACCAACGAACCGACAAGGCUCUCUUUGUAGACAAGGUAGACCUCACCCCUGUCCAUCGGGUAUUCUCAAAAUUUGAGAACGAUGUGAUUGGUUUCUGGGCAGACUCGGAUGAUCGUGUUCAUCUUGAACUUCGGCGCCGACUUGCCUGCGUUGCGAUAUUUCUUCGAUCUAAAUUAGACCUGCAGAUACUGGCGCCUCCUCAAGUGGCUGACGUAUUUCCAGGAGUGCGGAGUAUCGCAGAUCUGAGAAACCCUGGGAGGAAGUAUGUUCAGAUAGCCCAGAGACUAGGCGGCGUAGGAGCAAUCUUCUGGCUUCCACGCGAUGUCCCAGCUUCAACGUAUGAGAGUUAUCUGAGUGUUGAUGAUGAAGAAGUCUUCGCCCAUUUAUCAUCCCUCAAUCCAACAUUUAAUAAGUACAAUGGGUUUGUACAGCGGCUGGUCCUCAGCCAGCUAUGUGACCCUCCUUUGCCAAUACGAUAUCACAAUCUGUUUGGCGAAUUUACUUCAUUUGUUCCUGCUCAAGAUCAGUUAUUUCUUGUCAUGUACGCGCUCGGAGGCACCGACAUACCGGCCGUCUUGUUGGAAAGUACUUGCGUGCCACAACGACGUUGGAACGCCGACGGAGAGGUGAAUCAGAACAGCGCGCUUCAGUUUGGCCUGCCAGACGCCGUCGUUGAUCUUCUAUACAAUGAAACGAAGCUCUCUGAGGCCAUAGCAGGCCCUUGUGUCGCCAAACGAAUCCAAGCAGACAAUACCAUAGCUUGGUCCCUCAGUCCCGAACGAAUGUCGAGUCUUGAGGAAGCCUUGACGCCACAAACGAUCUAA